AUGCUCCUGCUUCAUGCUGUCAUUUUGACCUCAAAACAGUCCUUUGAAGCAUUUGGGUCGUCAGCUAAGCAUGAUGGGUAUGCUUAUCCAUCACCAGCAAAGUUCCUAUGGCGUGGCCUUCCAAUCACAAGUGGGCAGGACGUGAACAUGGGCUGCUGGGAAAAGUUGUUUGCUGUUGGUAACCAUGGACUUUGGCUGAGGCCUGGAUUGAUGGUCGCUUCUACCCUAGGGCAUGGAGACAACAGCUGUUUACCAUUGGUUACCCCCUUCUGGAGCGUUUCCUGUUGCUACCGAAGGUGGGCCAAAUCAACAUCAAAUAAGACCAAACCAGCAGGGCAACCCUCGCUUACCUGCUCCUCACCCCACUCAAACAGCAGCAGUUCCAGCACGAAUGCCUCCCCCCUAUGCCAAGCUCUGCUCACCACAAUCAUCAGCCUCCUUUCCUAUCUCCAGCAGCAGCCUUUGCAUCAUGUCCUGCCACAAGAGAUGCAACAUCACCACCAUGGCCCUCCUCCCCAGCGGCACAUCCCACCCCCACAUCCCCCACCACCCAUUCACAACCAGCCACCACCCCACAUGCAGCACCCACCACCUUCUCACCCUCCACCUCCUCAGCAUCCUCCUCCUCCACACCAGCCACCUUCUGACAUGCAGCACAUACCUGGACGACCUAACAUGCCUCCACCCCACCAUCAUGGACCUCCACAUUUACAGGGUCCACCUCAUAGACCCUCACAUCCACCCAACCAUGGCCCCCCCCAUGCACAUCCCCCGGAUCUCAAACCAGAGGCCGCCAGUAUCCCAGGGCCAACGGGACCAGUACCACCAUCAGAGUGA